AAAAUAUAUAAAGUUAGAGCACUGUUAGAGGCUGGUCUGGGUGGGAGGUGUCACAGUUAAGACGUCAUAUACAUGUUCACCUUUAUAUCCCAACACUCCUUCAUUUCCGUACUACUGUGGGUUUUAUGAUGGUGCUGAUACAGCCUUCGUAAUGGCACAGCAACGAGCUGCAGUACACCGAGCCUUGGCGGCCUCUAGAGAAGGCACACCAACGCACUCCAGGGCAGCUUCUCUUUGUGCAUCAUCAGAAGCUAUAAAUUCUGAUUCAGCGACAGAUAGACCCAUAAUCAAUCAUGUGUUGGAUAAUGAUGCCAGUGUCAUGGUGAAUGGUAACAGGAUAAGUGAAUUUCUAGCUCCUUCUCAAGAUGACAGGCCUGAAGGUCGCAGAGGAUGGUAUGGUUCCAGUACUAAUCUUACCUCCUCAGAUUCUACACCAAGUUCAGACAACACCACUGAUUCAGGGCAAGCAACAGAUUCCUCCCCACUAGCAGGGCCACUUGCUGCCCUUGGGCUCUCACAAGGUAAUGAGAGCACCAACACCUGCUUGUACCGUAUGCCUAUAGUUGGAUAUGAAGUCUUGGAGGAACGAAAUAGAUUUACGGUUUUCAAGAUACAAGUGUUCCAUCAGCCCUCCGGAGAUCAGUGGUUUGUGUUUCGUCGCUACACAGAUUUUGUUCGUCUUAAUAAAAGGCUUAGAGAAGAAUUCCCGGGUCUCAGAUUUGCUUUGCCGCCAAAAAGAUGGUUUGGAGACAAUUUUGAUCCCAUUUUCCUUGAAGACAGACAACUUGGACUACAAGCCUUCAUUGAUAAUAUUAUUGGGAGAUCCUUUACACCGGGGCAGAAGUCAACAGGAGGUCAUUCACAUAACCAGCCACAAGGUAUAUGUCAUACUAGAAUCCGUGAGAAGAAGUGUGUUCGUGACUUCUUCUGUCUAGACAACCCACCAGGACCCCACGACACCUUGGAGGAGAGUCGGGCAAUAUGUCAGACCCUAGAAGACACUGUUUCUGAAUUCCAGGAGCAACUAAGAGAAAGAGAUGGAGAGAUUGCUGUGUUGCGCUCACAAGUAAACUUCCUCAUGGCUCAGCAACAGACACUUGUUAAAGCCCUCAGACUAGAAUGUGAACUCCAAGGCAGCGAGGACAACAAGCGAGGCUCCACACAUGAUCUGAAUGUGGCUCUUCUCAAUAUAUGUGAGAAGACCCUCGGGGGAGGCUUAGAUAAUGGCAAUGUUAUUUCUUCCAAAAGGAAUGGAGUAAAUCAAUCUUCCGGUGAUAGUACCCCAGUCCGUCAGUCCAGACCAUCUUCCACAGUGAACUCUCCCUUGAGGAGAACCCUGGAGAAAGCCUUCCUCUCGUGCUCAGACUCCCAUGUUGCCAUACAGUCAAACAGUCAGGUCACAGGAGCCGUUAAUACACACAAUUCUGUUGAGGUACACGCUGAAGAGGCUAAUGAACGGUGAAUGAUAUGAGUUAUCAAUUGGUCUCUGUACCGUAGGCUAAAUGUAUCCCUGUGUUACUUGAUAUAUUUAGGUCUACAAUAGGUUGCUAUGGCAAGGUGCUUGAAAUUAACUAGAUAUUUUAAAUGUUAAUAUUUAGGGUGUCCAUAAAUGAUUACCCUAAAAACAGUAUGCUCUCGUUCUUUAAUCAGGAUAAUCAUUUAUGGAUACCUUGUAGAAAUGUAUUCUGAUGUAAGUGUAUGGAGAUGUGAGUUUGUUAGAUUAUCUUUUUAAGUUUUCAUUGCCAGAUGCUCAUGAACAGAAAACUUAUAUGUUUGCAUUUAUUUGUGGGUUAUAUAUUGUUUAUGUUCAUGGAUUAUACUCAUACAUUGUACUUCAGUUUUUAUAUAAAAGACAGCAUUUUUCUUCCCAGUGAUUUUUAAGUAUUUAAAUAUUAAUUUAAAGAGGCAAAACAUGUGCAGCUGUACCUAUAAAAUGCUUUAGUCAGAGAAACUUGAUACAGUACCUGUUAUUGGUCCAAAGAUCUGAUUACGAAUACUCACACACAGCUGUGUAAAAUUGAUGAAGCAUCAGUUCAUUUGAUGCUUUUGUUUCUGGAUUAAUAGUCUUUUGAGGUUGAUUUCAUUUUAUCAAACAGAAAAACUUAGCAGUACCAAUCUGUUUUGUUUAGCAGUUAAUAAGCACACGUGACAGGUUGAGAAAUACCUGAAGAACUGAAUGACUUAAAAGAUGCACUGUUAAUAAAAGUGUUAUUUAUAAUGAUGUUGGUCAAAGUUGUUAUUAUCAGGAUGGCAACAUAUUAUCACAGUCAAGGUAAUUAAUCCUAAUGACUAUACAGUACACAUGUACAUAAAGUUGAAUAUUUGUGUUUUGCUUGUGAAACAUCCAAGCCUGUUGUGACUGAUGGAAAUUAAGAUUUAAUUUGGCUUCAUAUAUUGAAGUUUAGGUGUACUAGGAAUAGUGUUUUGUUUUGUUGGUUGAUUUGAAUAUUUAUUGAAUUGAAAUUUCUUGUUGUUUGUAGUUACUGUUACUGUUACAUUGUUAAAUUUUCUGAUGAUUAUUUUCAUAAGAAAGUGUUGUGUGUUGGAAGCAUUGUGCAAAAUGCUGCGUAAAAAACUGUAAAGGAGGGUUGUAUGAUGGCAUUCCGAUUUAUUUAUUUUUUUAAACAGCGAUAGUGAAGUGUGAAAGUAAAACCAGAUAUUUAAAAUUAGUAUUGAAACAAAUAUUUUCUUGUGUCAACAGGAAGUGGAGAUUCCUUUGGUGACUAUCACUGAUAGAUUAUUGUUAUUUGCUGUAUUGAUGCUGAUAGCAGGUUGUCUGAAUCAUCCACUUAAUGUUAAACUGCUCAUGACUGAUAUACUGUAGUCAGGGUGUGAUUUGUUGUGGUUGACAGAUAUAUUGGAAUCAUAUUAUUCCUUCAGACUUUCACUUGAGGUGCACUAACCUCAUCAUAUCAAAUCAAGGUCUUUGCAUUUCCAUCUGGGCUUUAAGAAAAUUAUAUGUUAGGCAUUAUUAGUACUUGGUCAUGGUUCAAUCUAGUCAUUGCCGUCAUCAGAUUUGAAUGAAUUGAUAAGGCACAAAAGAUUAUAGCAAUACAGAUGUUAUUGGUCAAAAGUUAGCAAAUGGUGACUUGGGCACCAGAUGGCAUGAAAGGGAGAUGGAUGGUCAGUUUUGAUCAUUAAAGAGCCAUGCUAUCAUCCUUCUCUGACCUUACCUUAGUAUUCUCGGUUCAAGGCAUUGAGGACAAUAUUCCAUAACCAUUCUGAAGGAUUUUUGUCAUUUUUAUAUCAUCCAGAAUUAAGGUUCAGCAUUUAUAAGUUUCCAUGGUGGUUAUCUUAAUAAGACAGUCGAAGAACAAGGAUUUAAGAACUCUAUCACUAAGGUAGCCUUGUAUAAUUUACUGUCAGAACAGUAAUUAGAAUAAAACAUACAGUAUUUCA